GAAACACUGAAUUGCCUAUCUCACAUCAUCUCUCUCUCUCUAGGGCUCUAGCCGUAUUCGACCUUUGCGCUGCUCAGCUCUUCACCCAACCGUCCAGAUUCGUACUUCCUCCUCCCGACGUUUCACCCAACUACUGAUUCACAAUUAUGGCUGAAGUUGGCCAUGACGUUGGUGAACAAGAGAUUGAGCAUGAUGCAGUUCCUGGUCUUCAGCUUACAGGGGACCAGAGUGCAGAACAUGCUGUAGGUAGUGUUGGUGAUACCAUUGGUCUGGAUCAAGUAACAGAUCAGGGUUUGGAUCAUCCUGUAGAUCAGGGCGUGGAUUAUAUACCAGUGCAUGUUACAGAUCAUUCUCUUGAUCCCAAUGGUGAUCAUGAUACAGAUCAUGGUGCUGAUUCCACUAUAGAUCAUGCAUCAGAUGGCGAGGUGGUCGUUGAACACGAGGCUGAACACAGUGGAGAUCAUAAUUUGAAUCAGGUAAUUGAUCACAACAUUGAUCAGGAGACUGUGGAGGAACCUGACCGUCUUCAGGAAGAUGAAGAAAAACAAGGGCAUUCAGAGGAUGCUACUGGUGCCGUUGCUGAAAAAAGGUGGCCAGGGUGGCCUGGAGAGAGUGUGUUCCGGAUGUUGGUUCCUGCACAGAAAGUUGGCAGUAUAAUUGGGCGCAAGGGUGAGUUCAUUAAGAAAAUAGUAGAAGAGACACGAGCCCGAGUUAAGAUACUUGAUGGUCCACCUGGAACGGCAGAACGAGCAGUUCCAUUGCAAAUUUUUAAGGCCACGAAUCACUCAUCAUUAGGCCAUCAAUUUUGAAGAACCAAAGAUCCAGAUUGCAGGGAUCAGCAUUGAGCCUUACAAAGUGCCGAAAAGUUGAUUUGAAUAAACAGUCAAACAGCUGUUUGAAGAAGUUCUGCAUCUCCCUGGUAAUGGUAUCUGGCAGGGAGGAACCGGAUUCUUCACUUCCUCCUGCUAUGGAUGGCCUCUUACGUGUUCACAAACGUAUUAUUGAUGGUUUAGAGGGUGAUGCUUCUAAUACUCAAUCUGGCACACCUCCCAGAGUAUCAACGAGGCUCCUAGUACCAGCUUCACAAGCAGGAAGUUUGAUUGGAAAGCAAGGAGCGACUGUUAAAUCCAUACAAGAGACAUCUGGGGCUGUUGUUCGAGUUCUUGGAUCAGAUGAUCUCCCAGUUUUUUCACUUCAAGACGACAGGGCUGUUGAAGUCCUGGGAGAUGCAGCUUGUGUCCACAAGGCUCUGGAGUUGAUUGCAUCUCAUCUCAGAAAGUUUCUGGUCGACCGUAGUAUAAUUCCUGUCUUUGAAAAUUCUAUGCAAAUGCCAAAUCAUCACCAAAUGGAUCAUAUGCCGCCACCUCAUCAAUCAUGGGGACCUCCACAGGGUCUUCCACCACCUGCUGGUGGGGGGCCUCCGUAUGGACAUAAUCCUCCUCAAUAUAUGCCGCCUCCACGGCAAGUUGACAAUUACUAUCCACCAGCAGACAUGCCCCCACCGAUGGAGAAACAGCCUCACCAAGGCAUUUCUGCCUACGGGAGAGAAGCUCCUAUGAGUGGUCAUCCCUCGUCAAAUUCCCAGGCUCCAUCAAUGAUAACACAGAUUACGCAGCAAAUGCAGAUCCCGUUAUCGUAUGCUGAUGCUGUUAUUGGAACGGCGGGUGCAAGUAUAAGCUACAUCCGGCGUGCUAGCGGUGCUACUGUGACUAUACAAGAAACCAGAGGUGUACCUGGGGAAAUGACAGUAGAAAUCAGUGGAAGUGCAUCUCAAGUUCAAACAGCUCAACAGCUAAUCCAGAACUUCAUGGCUGAAGCUGGUGCGCCAAUACAAGGACAAACAGGUGGACCAGCAGAGCAGGCAUAUAACCCGUACGCAGGCCAUGGCUCUGUGUACCCGUCGCCACCUUCCAACGCUGGACAUGCAGGAGGGUACGGUUCUAUGUAUGGCACCAACUAUGGGUACUAAGGAGCCAAAUGGUCGAUUCUCUUACUAGUGAGUUGAGUUUUGGUUGUAUGAGAGAAACGAAAUCCUUUCGAGACAGCCAUUCUAAUGUUGUACUUGAAACUUGUAGCCAGCAGUUUUAGAGGAGGGAAGGAGCUAGUUUUUGUUGUGUGAAAAUUUAAUCGGAAGAAACUGAAGUGAAUUUGUUCCAACUGACAAUUCGUUCUAGCCAAAGCCGACCCAAGUUCGUUAUAUUUUCGAUUUCGGUCAUCGACUCGGCAUAUCUCCUAGCAAACCUGAAGGUCGCAGUCCCGUUGAUCGUCGGAACCUCCUUCAACGGCUAGAACACUGUGUACCUUCGUCGAC